CUGAAGAGGAGCGGCGCCAGGAUGCAAAGCGAAGRCACGGAGCCGAUGGAGGCCGCGCGGCUGGAGCCGGUGGAGGCUGCAGAGGCGGUGGGCCUGACUCAGCAGGACCAGGCCCUGGAGGAGGAGAUAGAGAGGCUGCUGGAGGAGAAUGAUGAGCUCAAG